GCGAUUCGGAUGAUCGGUCUCUCCUUCACGCCUUUGCACGGGUUCGCUAAACGGGUUGUCAAGAAGAAGUACAGGAGAGAGGUGACUCAGAGAUCUGGAUUGGGAUUAUGCUGCCAUUCCAACCGACCAGAAAGAUGUGGGAUUAAUUUCUACACAUGCUUAACAACAACCAAUCUCAGGAAUGAGCAGUUAUGCCUUUUCUGUUCUCUUUUAUUCGCCGAAACUGUUUUUAAGUGGGGCAGUAGCUAGUCGAACACCUUUUAAUAGCCAUAUUUUGUAGACAAAGGACGGCUACGAAGAAUUAACCAAAAAAUUAAACAGGUCCUGGUCUCCAUUCUUUGGAGAAAGUGGGCAAGAUGUGGGGUAACCUCAGGAAUAGAUGCCAAGCUCUCUUUCACACUGAUGGCUCAGAGUCCAAUCUGUUUAGCCAGGAUAUAGAUUGUGUCCAAUGUGUGGUGGACUUGGGCAGAGGAGCACAUGCAAGUGAACCCUAUGAAAUUAGGUCUUCCACCCCUUCACGGGCCUUGUCACCACUCUCAUUGGUGACUGGUGGACACAGAGGACAUAACUGUGUGGCGGAUAGUCCUCAGAUAGUAGAAAUCACCAUUGACAAAGAGAGUGAGGAUGCCCGGAGGGGACCUCUUAUGCGUAGGGACUCCUAUUCCCGUCACGCUCCCUGGGGAAGUAAAAAGAAACAUUCAUACUCAACUAAAACACAAAGUUCACUUGAGGCCGACAGGAGAACAGGACGUUCAAGAGGAAGUACAGCCAGGAGGGAGCGUCGUUAUGGAGUUAGCUCUAUCCAAGAGAUUAAUGAUUCAGUUGGAGCUAGCAGCAGUGGGCACAGCCUUAGUGCCCGCUCUCUGCAGCAGAGACUUAGGGACACUGUAGGCCUUUGCCUCCCUUUGCCCAAACACCAUCGUUCUCAGUUGGCCAAAGGCCAGAUGUCCUCCAAACGUAAGAUCCACCUGACCGAACUGAUGCUAGAAACAUGCCCUUUCCCACCAGGUUCUGAUCUGGCCAACAAGUGGCACCUAAUUAAGCAGCAUACAGCUCCAGUCAGCCCUCAUUCCUCAACUGCCCUUUUGGAUGCAUUUGAUUCAGCGCAUCCCACCCCUGAGGACGAAGAGGAGAGGCUUCGUGAACGACGCAGGCUUAGCAUAGAGGAAGGAGUUGACCCCCCUCCAAAUGCACAAAUCCAUACACUGGAGGCAAUUUCACAGAACUCUUCCCUCUAUAAACUGGGACCAAAGAUGGCUCCAUGUGUCGGUGAAGCACUCGGGGAGGGCAGGAGUCUGGGAACAGUUUCUUCUAUUUCUGGGGGGUUGUCUGGAAUAGCUUCACAGGUUGCGGCAAGUAUGGCAGUGCCAACCCACCCUGUUGACUGUGAUUCUGAGGAGGACUCAACUACCCUCUGCUUACAGACAAGGAGACCCAAGCAAAGGCAUGCCUCUGGGGACGCUCACUGCUCCAGACAGCCAGGGUCUUGGAAGGUCCACACACAGAUUGACUAUAUCCAUUGUUUGGUGCCUGACCUACAGUCCAUAACUGCACUUCCCUGUUAUUGGGGGGUGAUGGACCGGUACCAGGCAGAAGCACUGCUGGAUGGACGGCCCGAAGGCACCUUCUUGUUGCGUGACUCCGCACAGGAGGACUACUUAUUCUCUGUUAGUUUUCGACGCUACAAUCGCUCACUGCAUGCUCGCAUCGAACAAUGGAAUCACAACUUUAGCUUUGAUGCACAUGACCCCUGUGUCUUCCACUCUUCCACGGUAACAGGCCUACUGGAGCACUAUAAGGAUCCUAGUGCCUGUAUGUUUUUUGAGCCUCUGCUCACUGCUCCAUUACACCGGACCUUCCCUUUCAGUCUUCAGCACCUGGCACGAGCCGCCAUCUGCCGACACACCACCUACGAUGGCAUUGGUGCGCUACCACUGCCUCCAACUAUGCAGGACUUCCUUAAGGAGUAUCACUACAAACAGAAGGUGCGUGUGCGCUGGCUGGAGAGAGAGCCACCGCUCAAGGUCAAAUGAGGUCUGGCUGUGUUCCAGAGAGAGGCAGGAGUGUGGGCAAGAGCCAUGCCGCCAGGAGUGUGUGGCUCAUAUUAUCCAUCGUACAGCUGACUUUAGACACACAGCAAUGGAUGAUGUUAUGAUCUUC